AUGUUGUCGACUUUAAAUCAUGGCCGCUCUCUUGCGGUAACUGCUCGUAGUCUUGCUAUACCCGCCCAGGCUGGUGCCAUUACCGGUAGCUCGAGGCAUUUUGCUGGGAAGGCUUCCCCCAGUGGCGGUCAGUGGCAGACCAUGGAUGGUUGCACUGCUGUGUGCCAUGUGUCCUAUGCUAUGAUGGAUACCGCCUACAUCUACCCUAUUACUCCCUCGUCCCCUGCUGCUGAGCUCGCUGAGCAGUGGUCAGCGCUCGGUGUUAAGAAUGCUUUUGGUGAUGUUCCCAAGAUCACGCAGAUGCAGUCCGAAGCUGGUGCUGCCGGUGCCCUUCACGGUGCUUUGGCUGCUGGUUCGUUGGCGACUACUUAUACUGCCAGUCAAG